GACAGGCACUCUGUCUCCAGGCAAGCAAGCAGGCAGGAUGCGGGCAGCGAUGGACCUUCUAUGGCUGGUGUCUUUCACCCUGAUGCUACCGGCACUCUAUCAGUGCCAUCCACUCUACAUCAUGAGCACCCCCAAUCUGCUGCGUGUGGGCAACAAAGAGAAGGUAUUUGUGGAGGCCCAGGAAUACACUGGAGGUAACAUCGAGGUGGAAAUUUCAGUGAAGGACUUCCCAGCCAAAAACAGGGAGUUCUUCAGCAAAAAAACCACUCUCACCUCUCAGAAUAAAUUCCUGGAUCUUCAGGAGAUUGAAAUCAGAGAAGAUGCAUUUGAUGCAACAUCAACUAAAAAACAGUAUGUGUACUUACAAGCAAAGUUCCCCCAACAUCAACUGGAGAAAGUAGUUCUUCUGUCCUUCCAAGCUGGCUACAUUUUCGUUCAGACCGAUAAAACCAUCUACACACCAACCAGCACAGGUAAGCUGAGAGAUAUAUUUAUUAUAAGAGUUUACGUGACAAACCCAGACGAAAGUCCUGCUGAAAACAUCCGGCUGAAGGUUUCUUCAAGAAACAUAUACGGCGAUACCAACAACGACGGCCUGGCCAAGCUCACCAUCAACACUGGUGGGGGGGCCAAUGACCUCAAAGUUACUGUUGAAACAGUCAUGGAAGAACUGCAACCAGAGCAACAGGCAAGGAAGAAUAUGGUGGCCCAGCCCUACCUAACAUACCAGAACUCCCAGAACUACCUGCACAUCGGGAUCCCCUCAACUGAGCUGGCGAUCAACACCAACUUGCUCGUAAAUCUGAACCUGAAAAACAACCCAGGGGUCCAGGAUCAGAUCAGUCACUUCACAUAUCUGCUCAAAGUCACCUCGGAGAAGACACAAUAUGAGCCACGUAGCAAGUUCACUCUGAAAAUUGAGGGUGACCCUGAGGCCAAGGUGGGGCUGGUGGCCGUGGAUAAGGGCGUCUACGUGCUGAACAGCAGAAACAGACUGACCCAAAGCAAGAUCUGGGACACGGUGGAGAAGCACGACAUCGGCUGCACGGCGGGAAGCGGGAGGAACAGCAUGGACGUCUUUUAUGGUGCUGGGCUGAUAUUCCAGUCCAAUGCUAAUGUGGAGACCAAAUCCAGAACAGAGCCUCACUGCCCCGCCCCCCCAAAGAGGCGGCGCCGCUCCAUCACCUUGCUGGACCUGAAGACCUCGUUGGUCAGCAAAUACAGCACGCAGCUGCAGAAGCAGUGCUGCGCAGACGGCAUGGUGGAGAACCUCAUGGACUACACCUGCGAGCGCCGCGCCGAGUUCAUCAUCGACGGGGCCGAGUGCGUCAGCGCAUUUCUGCACUGCUGCAAAGAGGCUGCCACAAACCGGCAGAAGGCCGCCAAUGAGAACCUGCUGCUGGCCCGCUCAGAAGAUGAUAAGUACUACAUGUCGGACAGAGACAGCAUGUCACGCACGCAGUUCCCUGAGAGCUGGCUGUGGCUGGAGGUGACACUGCCAGCGUGCCCCAAAAAGCGAAACUGUGCUUCCACGUCAAUGGAAAUUACACAGGCUGUGAUGGAUUCCAUUACCACCUGGGAGGUCACUGCUGUCAGUCAGUCCAAAAAAAAUGGAAUUUGUAUGGCGAGUCCCUUUGAGAUGAACGUGAUGAAGGACUUCUUCAUUGACCUGAAGCUGCCCUAUUCUGCUGUGCGAAAUGAGCAGCUGGAGAUCAAAGCUGUACUUUACAACUACAUGAACAAUGACAUAAAAGUUCGUGUGGAACUGAUGGACACUGAGACAGUGUGCAGUGCAGCCCACAAGAAGAGGAAGUACCGGGAGGAGGUGAUGGUGGAGGCAAUGUCCUCCAACUCUGUGUCCUUCAUCAUCAUCCCCAUGGGACUCGGGAAGCACUCGAUUGAGGUCCAAGCUUUUGUCUAUGACUCCAUCAGCCGUGAUGGUGUGAAGAAGGACCUGCUGGUGGUGCCUGAAGGGAUACACAUCAGGAAGGAGAUUAAAACAGUCAUUCUGGAUCCUGCUACACACAAUAAGAAUCAGAUGGAGACAGUCAAGGGUGCUGAUCUGAAGAAUAGGGUGCCUGGGUCCCCUGCUCACACAUUCAUCAGCGUGACCGGUGAGCAGAUUGGUCAGACCAUCUACCAGGUCAUCAGCGGCUCAACGCUUGGGAACCUCAUCCAGCAGCCAUCAGGCUGCGGGGAGCAGAACAUGAUUGGCCUCACAGGACCAGUCAUCGCCACGCUCUACCUGGACAGCACAGGCCAGUGGGAGAGGGUGGGAGUGGAUAAGCGAGAGACGGCCAUCAAAUACAUCCGCACAGGUUACAUGCAGGAGUUGACGUAUCGCAAGGAAGACGGAUCAUACAGUGUUUGGAAACAUACACGAAGCAGCACCUGGCUGACAGCAUAUGUGACCAAGGUGUUCGCCAUGGCGUACCCUCUCAUCAGCAUUGAGGAGAACGUGAUCUGCAGCGCCACAAAGUGGCUGAUCUUGAACGCACAAGAGCCUGACGGCACCUUCAAAGAGCAUGCCCCAGUCUACCACGGAGAGAUGGUG